CUAAAAUAUCGAAUAACCUGGUUGAGUUGAAGGAACUCUUACCCAAUCAAUCACCGAUGUUGGCAUUUUUCUCUUGACCACCCGCAAGAAUGUUUUCAAAAACUCGUAGGGUUAUUCCCAAUUUCCAUGCAACUUCUCCAAUGCUCUUUGUUUCCCAUACCAAGUCUUCUUCUAAGUAACUUGCAUAUUAAACUUAUCUUUCAAUUCGGCCUGCACAGUUAGAACACUCAGAUUUGGUUGGGCGCGUAGUCACGUACCAAAUGUUUGACGGCCUCAGAUAUCAUGUCGACAUCAAGAUGGCGAUGAUCCGUCGGUUGAGUCGUACUGCUACAAGAAUGCACCAACUCAGCCUUUCUCACAGUCCAUUCGCCUCCAACAUCUCGACAUCCAAACCGCACCAUCCAAGGACAAUUGUCAUCCUUGUGCCUCAAGUAUCUGACCUUCCAGAUUGAAGGUGACGACUACACCACGCCAUAUUGAAAGUUGCGUUGUAGUGCGUGGUGUUUAAUCGCCAUCUGUGCAGCUUGUUUCGAGUGAAAUAUCUGCCCCUUGUAGAAUUCUCCUUCAAAACUAGCAACAAAUGGCAUUGGAAUUACACCAUAUCAAUCAGCAAGUGAUAAUUCUUCGUUCUCUUCAUUACCCUGCAAGUAAAAAUAUGGAGGAUAAUUAGGUUGCUCUCCUUCCCCCUCUUCCUCCUCCUCCUCAUCUUCCUCUUCUCCGUCAUCAUAGUCAUGAUCGGAUGGCACACUCCAUGUAUCAUCUUCUUCCUCUCCACCCUGAUCCUCACUGAGCUCCACAUGUAUCUCAGCACCCAAACAAUAAGGAUUUGUGCCAUAAAAUUCCAAAGCACAUUCAAACUAUCAUCAUCCACAAUAGGCAUCGCAUAAAGAAAUAAAACACCAUUCUGCCAUUCUGGAAGACGGUAAGUGAAACCUGUGAUCACAUCACUAUCUUGUACUGCUUCGUCUCUACGUCGUAUUCUCGGAAUUAGAUUCUCACAAAGUUUGUGAUAUGUGACCCUGGAUUGAACCGUCAACUGAAAACUACUACCACCAACGAAUUUGACGCCCAAAUUAUCGUCUACUUUCUCCGAUUUCCACCGAACGACUAGUUCAAAUCUUCUAAAAUCACUACAGAAAAACAAACUCACUAAUUAAAACUAAACACAAUCAUAAUAGCAUUUGAAUAAUAUAAUUAAAAAAAUAAAUGUGUCUCUUACCUAUUAGCCAUUUUUGCAGCAGCAACCGAGCUCUCCUCUAUUUUGGUCGAUUUUUUUUUUUGUGGUGUGAAUAACUGAAACGAAAUUCGCUGGUUUUAUAGGGGGGUAGCCAGCAAUAAGCCAGCGGACCCGCCAUAGUCCUGGGUGCCAGCGCCAGGUACAAAUUCCCACCGUUUCACCUCAGCCUCAGGCGGUACCACAUCAGUCUUGGGCGUCGCCGCUGUCACCUUUAAACAAAUGAUCUAAAAAAACAGAAGCAGCGGCAGCGCCUGAGUCUCAGGUGGUCCCGCUGGUUUUCUCUCUCCAAAAUACAAUAACCUUGUCAAUACUUUUUAAUCUGCCAUAUUGGUGGUAAAUUAAAAAAAAAACAAUAUUUCUGUCAUUGUCCCUUUAAUGGUUUUGCGGUAGAAACAUCAAACAUGGGAAGACAAAAAAAGACUGAAAGAGUCCGUCCAUUAUGUUUCCCUCUCCGGUGGCCUAUCAAAUCACUUCCGACGACUCCUCCGGCGGCGGUCCAAUCUGAGGGUCUACCAAACGCCCACUAAAAUCAAUUUUUCGUGUCCUCCUUUAUUUAUUUUGCAAAACAAAGGUAACGAAUCCCGCCUCAUCACCGCCCAUCUGUCUACGUCGAGGGUUUUCGUAGAGCAAAGCCGCUACCACAGUACCAGACGAGGGAAUUCGAUAGAGGCUUUAGGUAGGUCCGAAUAUGGGAUCGAUGACGGCGAAGUCUCCGAAGUUUUGUUUGAGAGCCCGCCGGAGAAGAACAUCGAGGAAAUUGACGAUAAAUUUUUUUCCCCUCCUCUUCCUUUUCUGAAUUUCUGCCGAAAAACAAAGAAGUUUGACAAUAAUUUUACUAUUUUUCAUCCAAUUUUAGAUUAAUUAUUAAUAAAAAUAACAAAUAGAAUACCCAACCAAAUGACGGGAACGCUUAUUCAUAUAUUUCGUCUGGUUGGGUGUUGGCGGUUGGGUCCAGAGUCAUGGGCUACGGGUUUAAAGUUGGGUUACCAUUACCACGUAAUAUCCACGUGUACCAAUCAUAAAAUGCGUUAUGAGUGCCGCACUUUUUAAAGCGGCACUAUAGCAUUGACGGCCUCUGAUAACACCAGGGAGCCCAAUCCCCAAUGUUAGUCGGUGUCCAAUUCCAAAAAGGGCUGGCCUUUGUUGCAAUACGGACUUCGGCCUAAUCUUUAGGUGGUGGAUGGCCGGCCCACAGCUUCAAUUCUGAACAAAUCUUUCAAGAGUUUGAUUCCUCUUAUCCAGGUCGAGAAAUGGAGUGCUGCCGGUUUGAUACCGCCAACGCCUAGCCUCAUCGUCAACUGAUGCUUUCUUUGUCUGUUUGCCUCUUCACAAAUCCUUACUCCCUCAGGAUCCCGAUCCAAAUACAAUCCGUUUCUCUAUUCGGCCGUCUCUUUCCCACUUUGGAUUCCUCGCGUCUUCUUACUCCUCUUCUCUUGUACACUGUUAACCUUUCUUUACUGAUAACAACAGUUUGCCUCGUCUUGUUCCGUCGCCGUCGGUUUUUCUUUUCCCCUGAAUCCACAGUUCCAGCCAGCUCAAAGCUCGGAACAUUUCCCAAAUGGGUACUGCUGUAGCUCAGUACCCACUUGGGAUCACUUCGCAUUCCUCUGGAGAUCUCGCUCACAACAAGUUGGGUUCUUCUUUUCGAUACUCCAAGUUUCCGUGUCAAUUGGAUUUCGCUAGGCUCGGCUUGCUUCAUCAAGGCUCUUCUGCAACUUCUUCCUCCAAUCAUCCCACGGAACCCGACAGUCGAAUAAAUGCUAUACCAGACAUGGAUGACAUAUUCUGGGACGAAGUACCAACUCCCUUGCUUGAUAUGAUUGAGAACCCUAUUCACCUCAAGAAUUUGUCCCUCAAGGAGUUGAAGGAACUAGGUCGUGAAAUACGGUCAGAAUUAUCAAGUAUAAUGACACAGAAGCCGAACUCUUUGAAGGCUAGCUUGGCUGUGGUAGAACUAACCAUUGCCAUACACCAUGUUUUUCAUGCUCCGGUGGACAAGAUACUAUGGGAUGCAGGUGAACAAACUUACGUACAUAAAAUUCUCACAGGAAGGAGGUCACUAAUGCGUAUUAUGAGACAAAAGAAUGGUCUUUCUGGCUUUACAUCUCGGUUUGAGAGCGAAUAUGAUUCCUUUGGAACGGGCCAUGGUUGUAACAGUGUUUCUGCUGGUCUUGGAAUGGCUAUUGCACGUGAUAUCAAAGGGAAGCGGGAUCGAGUUGUUACUGUCAUUAGCAAUGCGACAACUUUGGCUGGUCAAGUCUACGAGGCAAUGAGUAAUGCCGGUUACUUGGACUCAAAUAUGAUUGUGAUUUUAAAUGAUAGCCGUCGCUCUUUACAUCCAAAGAUUGAACAAGGGCCAAGCACUUCAAUCACGGCCUUAUCUAGUACCUUAAUCAAAAUCCAGUCUAGUAAAUCAUUCCAGAACUUCAGAGAGCUUGCAAAGGGUAUUACCAAAAGGAUUGGCAAGGGUACACAUGAAUUGGCUGCCAAAUUUGACGAAUAUGCCCGUGGUAUGAUUGGUCCACAAGGAUCGACUCUUUUUGAGGAGCUCGGGCUGUAUUACAUCGGCCCUGUUGAUGGACACAAUCUAGAAGACCUCAUUUGUGUUUUGCAACAAGUGGCAUCUUUGGACUCCAUGGGCCCCAUCUUGAUACAUGUAAUCACAGAAGACAAUCAUCAAGAUGCAGAAUAUAAUGAAAAGACCGAGGCAGACAACCCACAGGAAGGUUAUGAUGACUCAGUAUCUUCCUUAUGUAGUGUGCAUACUCGAACAUACAGUGAUUGUUUUGUCGGUUCUUUGGUAAUGGAGGCAGAGAAGCAGAAGGACAUUGUUGUGGUUCAUGCAGGAAUGGAAAUGGAAUCCUCCUUUCAACUGCUUCAGGAAACAUUCGCCGACAGGUUUUUCGAUGUUGGAAUGGCUGAGCAACAUGCUGUCACGUUUUCCGCCGGUUUAUCCUGUGGGGGACUGAGGCCCUUUUGCAUUAUUCCUUCUACUUUUCUACAGAGAGCAUAUGAUCAGGUGGUUCAUGAUGUAGAUCGGCAGAAGAUUCCAGUGCGAUUUGUCAUCACAAGUGCAGGAUUGGUGGGGAAUUCCGGUCCCAUGUACUGUGGGGCAUUCGAUGUGACAUUAAUGUCGUGCUUACCGAACAUGAUCGUCAUGGCUCCAUCUGACGAGGAUGAGCUGGUGGAUAUGGUGGCUACUGCUGCCCAGAUUGAUGACAGGUCGGUCUGCUUCCGCUAUCCAAGAGGCGCCAUAGUCAGGACAGACCAUUUUAUGCAUGCUGGGAUUCCCCUUGAGAUUGGUAAAGGAAGAGUGCUUUUAGAAGGUAAAGAGGUGGCAUUGCUAGGGUACGGAGCAAUGGUUCAGAACUGCCUCAAAGCUCAAGCCCUUCUUUCGAGGCUUGGCAUCCAAGUAACAGUUGCUGAUGCAAGAUUCUGCAAGCCACUCGACACAGAACUUCUCACCCUCUUAUGCCAGAACCAUCAGUUCCUAAUCACGGUCGAGGAAGGUUCUAUUGGAGGGUUUGCAUCCCAUGUUGCGCAGUUCAUGGCUCUCAACGGCCAGCUCGAUGGAGCCAUUAAGUGGCGGCCUAUUGUUUUACCGGACAACUACAUAGAAAAUGGGUUGCCUGAGGAACAACUAGCUCGAGCUGGAUUGAGCGGACACCAUAUAGCUGCAACUGUACUGAGACUGCUCGGAAGAGUGCGCGAAGCUCUCCUUUUGAUGUGCUAGAAAAAGAAAAGAAUACAAGAUUCUGUAAAUUGUAACCUGAGAAAUGAGUGUACAGACAAAAAAGAGAAAGCGUUGCUCUUACUGCCGUGCAUUGCA